GACUGGUUUGACCAGAUUGAUAAAAAUGACGAUGAUAAGUUAACCUUCGACGAGUACUGGUCAGCGUUGAACAAGAGAGACCCAGCUGACGUCACAGAGAGUCAGCUCCGCGCCACUUUCCAGGACUUUGACUCGGACAACUCUGGCUACAUCGGUCUGGAGGAGGUGCGCACCAUCCUGGAAGGGGCGGGGGAGGACCCCAGCCUCGCUGACCAGGUACUGGACGCAGUGGACACCAAUGACGACGGCAAGAUCAACGCAGAAGAAUUCCUCAGAGCUUGGAAACAGACCAAGUAGAGAUAUCAUGAACUUUGUCAUAAUACUUACGUAUUAAUUCUAUCUUAGAUGUAACGGCUACAAUCAUAUACAUGUACUUUAUGAGUAUUUAAUAACACGCACAUAUCCCAGGUACAUUUUAAGAAAGGUGUAAGUGCUAAAUUUCUGUUUUAGUGGAAAAUAUUAUUAUUAUAAAGCAACAAACAAACCCCAAAACACCCGAUUCAUUAUUAUGACGUCCUUUCUUUUUCUUAUUCAAGUUCAUUUUUGAUAAAUGGACAUCACAGUCUCUAGUGCAGAGGUUAUAUUCGCUGUAGGAGGUACUCCGGGCUCUUGUAGUCUUCAGAGUCCUUGAGCAGGACUGGGCCAGUACUUUCUCACCUUUGCAUGCAUUGGGCCGGCUUGGAGUACGAUAUAUGAAUUUUUGUUUGGCUGCCAGUUCCGCAUGGGCACCACUCAGAGUUUCUGAUUUUAUUCUUAAGCUGGGCGUCCUUUCUUUAGAAAGGAAAGUAUAACAUAAUAUGAUAACAAGUUCUUUCUUUGUGCGUUUCGGUCAUCGGAUGAGACGAGGACAAAAUAUACGGCAGACAUAUGAAUGAUAUUACUAUACAAUCAUGAAACUCAAAAGGCUGCUUAUUUCUCAAAACGUGGAAUCCUGGGUUCUUGAACAAAACCACCAAGAUAUAGGGCCCCAAACAAACUUACGCCUUUCGUUUUUGCAAGCAAUCUAAGCAUUAAGAUUCCAUGCUGAGUUCUAAGAUGCCCGCAGCUUAUCCUCUUGCUUUUCCUAUAGACGCAUAUCUUCUCUCUGGAGAUUUGAAGAAAAAAAA